AUGGUUUUGGAACUUCAACUUGUAAAAAUGAAUCAAAAAAUAGGAGACGAUUGUAGUGCAAACAACCCUCAUGUUGGUAAUCUCUUAGAAGAACGUCUUAGGCGUUACGAAAAUGAAGCUGGUCAAAUUAAUAGUACUUCAGCAUUAAUAGACAGAGUUUCUUAUUUACGGAAAAACAGAGAAAAUGAUGUAUCAAAGGCAAUCAUUAAUAUUGAAGAUUCAAUGAACGUUGAUCUUUGCUUCGUUCUGGAUUGUACAAGCUCUAUGUCUGAUCAUAUUGAAGCUGCGAAAGAGCAUAUAUUAAAAGUGGCUAGUUACAUAGACAGCAAUAAUUCAAAUAUCGAAUUCUGGGUUGGUUUCUGUGGUUAUCGUGAUCACUCUGAUG